UCUAAACUAUACUUAAUUAAAUUCUUAAUAACUAAGACAUAUUUGUUAGUUCAUUGUUAUAAAUUAUCUCCAUAACAUUUCUUUAGGCAAAGACUCUCAUUUCCUACAUCUUCUGUAGUUUGUAAAACAGAAUAUGUGUCCAACAAUACUUCCUUAUUCAGCCAACUCUUGCCUUAGAGCAAGAAAUAGAAGAUUUUCAUCUCAGAAAUGCAGAGGAAAAUUAUAUAUAACAGCUGAAGUUCUUACAGUUGCACCUAAGAAGAAUGGACAAAGUAAAAUCCAUGAAUUAUCAGUACAAGGAAUUGCUUACACUCAUCAACGCGUUCGCGAAGUUGUGCGGAGGCAAACACAUGUUACGAAUGAUUGUUAUAGAAAGCCAAGUUUUGAUCCUAUGUUUCUUGAUGAAGCUUAUGAAUUAUGCAGGAAAAUUUGUGCAGAAUAUGCUAAAACAUUCUACUUAGGAACUAAACUGAUGACUCCAGAGAGACAAAAAGCAAUAUGGGCUAUCUAUGUAUGGUGCAGGAGAACAGAUGAACUUGUCGAUGGACCUAAUGCCGAUUACAUGAACAACACUGUUCUUGAUAGAUGGGAAGAAAGAUUAGAAGACAUUUUCAACUGCAGACCUUAUGAUAUUCUUGAUUCUGCUUUAACUGAUACCAUUUCCAACUUCCCUUUAGACAUCAAGCCAUUCAAGGACAUGAUAGAGGGAAUGAGAAUGGAUACGAGGAAAAGCCGAUAUGCAAAUUUCCAGGAGCUGUACAUGUACUGCUACUGUGUGGCUGGAACAGUUGGACUAAUGAGUGUCCCAAUAAUGGGAAUUGCACCAGAAACUCCAGUUUCAGCUCAAACUGUAUAUAAUUCAGCACUUCAUUUAGGCAUAGGGAAUCAACUAACUAACAUUCUUAGAGAUGUUGGAGAAGAUGCAUUGAGAGGAAGAGUUUAUCUGCCACAAGAUGAACUAGCACAGUAUGGAUUAUGUGACGAAGACGUGUUCUCAAGGAAAGUCACUGAUCAAUGGAGGGAAUUCAUGAAGGAGCAGAUCAGAAGGGCAAGAUUCUACUUCAACCUGGCUGAGGAGGGUGCUUCUCAUCUUAACAAAGCUAGCCGUUGGCCGGUUUGGUCAUCCUUAAUUUUGUACAGGAAAAUUUUGGAUGCAAUAGAAGAAAAUGAUUUUGAUAACUUAACAAAGAGAGCUUAUGUUGGGAGGGCCAAAAAGUUAGUAACUUUACCUGUUUCAUAUGCUAGAGCUUUAUCUGUGCCCAGUUUGGCCAUUCAAUAGACAAAAUACAGAAAGUUGUAAGGUGUAAAGAGAAUUAUUGUAUUGUAUUAAAAAUUCCAAUA